GUGCUUUAGACAGCACCAUCGUAGGGGUCCUUGCUUGCCUUGGGAGACGUGGACCUAAGUGAGGCGGGGCGGUCUGCAUAGAAAGUGGGCUGCCUGGCUGUGUGCGCGGGUCAUCAACAAGUCUGUUCCAUCAUGUCUAAGGUUUCCUUUAAGAUCACGCUGACGUCGGACCCUCGUCUGCCUUAUAAAGUACUCAGUGUUCCUGAAAGUACACCUUUCACAGCAGUCUUAAAGUUUGCAGCAGAAGAAUUUAAAGUCCCUGCAGCAACAAGUGCAAUUAUAACAAAUGAUGGAAUAGGAAUAAAUCCUGCACAAACUGCUGGAAAUGUUUUUCUAAAGCAUGGUUCAGAACUGCGAAUCAUUCCUAGAGAUCGUGUUGGAAGUUGUUAAUAUCUGCUGCUUGGAACAUGAGAUUGCCUUUCAGAAUAAAUACUGAUGUUAUUGUAAAAUGAGAACCAGGCAUAUGAAUCCUAUGGAAAUACCAGUGGUUGAUGAAAUAAUGAAAGGUGACUGUCCCUUCUUGCUCACUCUCUUCAUGUGAAGAGGGAGUGAGUGCUUUUGCAUUGAGAGUACCAUCACCACAGAUCAGUCUUUCUUUGCUACCUCACAACAGACACAGGUAGUUCAUUUGGGAUAAAUGGAUUGUCCACUGUGUUUUACAACUAUAGAAUAUUUCUAAUAAUUAUUUUGGAGAACAUUUGAAAAAUUAAAGAAACUGGAGUAUCUAAGUUAAAAAAUGUAAAAGAAUGAUGUAUCCUAUGACAGUUUGAUAUGUGACUUGUAGAUUGACAGAAUUGAAUUCUUAAUUAUGUAUACUUUCUAAUAAAGGAUAUUAGGCAGACAUAA